CGCUCAAGCUAAGCGUCGGCGACAAACUGCUGAUCCGAGGCGGUACUACUAGCGUCGGCCUCACUGCCGCGUCUCUCGCUGCCGGACACGGGGCCACGGUCAUGGCAACGACUCGGAGAACCAGCAUAGCCGCUUCUGACCUUCUGAAACAGCACGGAGUCGAUCAGGUAGUUGUUGACACUGGGGACAUUGCGGACAACGUCCUGGAGAUAUGGCCUGGGGGGGCUGACAAGGUAUUGGAGCUUGUCGGAACCAAGACCCUGGAUGACUCGCUGGCCUGCGCGAAGAUUGGGGGAACUGUCUGCAUGUCUGGAAUAGUGGGUAAUGAGUGGACAUUGAACAAUUGGAACCCGAUGGAGUCAAUCCCACUCGGUGUGUGUCUCACCUCGUACAGUGGAGGACCAACUGAGUUCUUGGAGACGCCGUUGAAUGACCUGGCACAGCAGAUUCAAGGCGGAAAGCUCAAAUUGCCGAUCAGCAAGACUUUUGAUCUGGACAAUAUCGGCAAGGCACACAAAUUCAUGGAGGACAAUGAGGCUUUGGGUAAGAUUGUAAUUUUAGUUUAG